AUGCCCUCUUUGUCCCCGGGGCCCAUAAGUACGAGCGGGGCCCUCACCCCCAGCCCGUACAGGCAGGGAGACUCCGCCAUUACCACCGCAGUAACCAUGGCGAUCGCGCUGCGCACCCCGCUGAUCCUCGCCUGCUGCCUGUGGGCGGCGGCCGCUCAGAACGACAGCGCUAAGAAGAGCGUGUGGGACGACCCGGUGCGCUUCAGCUCCAAAGCCAAGGACGCCUGCAUGAUGCACGUGUCAGGCCAGGGAGACUUCACCAAGCUGCGCAUCUCCUGCCGCAGCCAGGCCAGGUCCUACUACUGCGACUACCAGGGCAAGCCCAACUUCUGCCGCGCAUACAGCACCAACCCGCGCCACUACUUCACCCAGAUCAUGUGGGAGCUGCGCAAGCUGCCCCAGGCCUGCCAGGGGCCCAAGGUGCUGAGGGCCACCAUGUGUAAGAAGGCUCCUGAGGAGGCCCAGAUGGUGUUCGUCAGCGCCUGGCCCAAACCUACCGCUGCCAAGACCCCGGCGAAGAUCACCUACGAGAAGACGCCCCAGCAAGCCAAACCCGCCACCACCCCCAAGCACAUCACCCCGAAACCUGCCGCCCCGAAACCCGUCACCCCCAAACCCGCAGACAAAAAGCCCCAGCCCGCCAAGCCAGCGGCCAAGGCCCCCCAGCCCAGGAAGACCACGCCCAAGCCCACCAAGGGCUCGACCACGCCCAAACCCACAGAGCCGACCGGGGAGAGCCGCGCCGUCAAGAUGGCGCAGGAGUACUGCUGGAAGUCCAUGCAGGGGGUCUGCACCUACUUCAUCAGCUGGUUCCAACGCUAA